AAAAAGGCUCCAUUUGCAUGGAAAAGGUUCACUAAAUCUGUUCAAUAUGUCGAAUGCAAUCUAAAAACAGAAAUCAGGACUGCCUGAUUUUUUCGUCUUAACAAUUCAAUGUUGACAUAAACGUGAUGUAAUCUUGAUCAAAGGAGUCCUUGAAGUAAUAUCAAUAUCCUACUGCAUACAUUAAAGUUGUUUACAAUCUUCCUGCUAAAAGAUGCCGACAGGAGAACUAGCCCCACAACAAGCCCUGCAGCUUAGCAAGGAUACAGGGAAGAUCAACAGUCCAGCCAGCAUGUCACCAGUUAACUCAAUUUUGCCUGAGCAAACCAUUUUCUUUGGCAUAGAGGCAGUGGAUAAACUUGUAUGGAAAGGAUGGGGAAAGGGAAUAGAAUACUCCAAAAAUCUGGUUUUAAAAAAUCUGACAGUGAAAAUAAUCAAACUAACCUACAGUGUGCCACAGUCCAGAUUUUUUUCAACAUUGUACCCAAAACCAAUUUUCCUGAGUGCUGGAGCUACCUUUACAUUGCCAGUGAGUUUCAGGCCUUUGGAAAAUGUUCCUUAUGAUGAUGCCAUUUUUUUCAAACUGCAGGAUGGGAAUAGAUUUUCAGUGGAGCUAAUGGCCAUCUUACCUGUGAUUGACAUCUGUAUUCCAAUUGACCUUGACUUCAAGAUGUGUGCUGUCAAAGAUAGUGUUUCCAUCACCUUUGAGGUUUUCAACACAGGUGACCUGGAUACCUGUGUCAUGUGGGAGGUCAAGGAACCUUUUCUUAUUGAACCUACGGAGGCUUUACUUAGCCAACAAGCAAGUGUCAAAUUUAGAGCAACAUUUAGACCUCAGGGUGCCUUUGUGUAUGAAGUUACUGCAGUUUGUAAGUUUGGGCCAAAUUAUGAAUUUUCAAGGCCAACAAAAUUUUAUGGGAUAGGCAAAUUUCCACAUCUGUUGGUCUCUCUUCCUGGAAAAAAUGCUCAGAGUGCAAACAGUGACAAGCUAAAUGAAGUUGAGACUGAAGUUAACUUUCAGCAGGUUGCCGUAGCAACCAGUGCUGGCAAAUGGGUGGAGCUUCAUAAUCUCUCACCUGUUCGUACAUUGUUUUGUGUGGAACGUGUGCCUGGAAUCAGCAGGAUGGAAACAGCUUUUCAUUGCUCUACAACACAGGGCGUGGUGCCACCUAUGAGUGUCAUGAAAAUACCUCUGACCUUCAGUCCUCAUGUCCCCAACAUCACCAGCAUUGAUUACUUCAGCGUGCUCUCUGUGGGUAACAUCAGUCACAGUACCAUCAAAUGUGUUGGUUCAUCUGUAGGGCCAAAAGUAGAAUUGAGUUUACACAGAAUCAACUUUCAAGUUGUGAAUGAGGGUCAUAGUGGGACUCGGUCAUUUGAGAUCAUCAACAAGUCUAACAUGGAGGCUGUUUACAGGUUUGAAAUUGACUGUGAAGAGUCUGUGUUUAAGUUCCCUCAAACCAGUGGCAUUUUAAAACCAAAUUCUUCAGAAACUGUGGUCCUCAGUUUUCUCCCAGAACACCCAAUCAACUACUACAGGAGAGUUCCAUUUUUGGUUCACAACCAGCCACCAAUAUUUCUUGAUCUAUUGGGGACUUGUCACUCAGAACUUGUCAAGCCUGCAGUUCUAAAGGGAAGACAUAUUUCUCGCUACUUUACUCAUGUGGAGAGGGGUAUUUCAGUUCUUGCCCCUGAUUACCUGGAUGAGCUUGUCAAGUCUGGAAGAAUUGUAAUUGACAAUAAUGGUUGUCUGGAAAUGACAAAUGAUGAAGACAAAGCUGAGCUUGUGACCAAUAUAUCUCUGAAAGAUGUCAGCUCAAUGGAUGAAUAUUUUAAUGAUGGCAUACACUCACAAUUUAUUACUACAGUACCGCAUGUCAGCUUGGACACACCAAGUUUAGAUUUUGGAAAUUGUCCAAACCUCAAAGCUACUCUUGAAAAGACUGUAACCAUAACAAACCACACGCGUGGAAAAGUAACAGUGCAGUGGAAUGGUGACACCAGCCACACUUUCUAUGUGACACCUGCAACAAUUGAUGUUCCACCUCUCAAGACUUGCUCAUUUCGUGUCUCAUUUAAACCUAAGGCAGAAAACCAAAUUUAUGGCAAUGAGCUGGAGUGUUUUGUUUCCUAUAAAAGCUUGAGGGAUUACAGACUAGUGGAGGACAAGACCAUGUGUCCUCCUUGGUGCCUCACCCUCAGUUGUAUUGGCCAUACAUUUUUGCCCAACAAUGAAACAUUUCUGCCUAGGACCUCCAUCUUUCCUUCCGUGCUUGUGUUCCCAGCCGUCAAUACAGGGGAGUCUAGCUACAGGAGCAUAGUUGUACAAAAUACAGGGGACACGCCCAUUCUUUUUGAUUUACACAAGACUUUAGACAUGCAGCCAUUGACAAAGACAAGAUGUGCUUCAAAGGAACACAGAGAACAUGUGUUUGGUGUGAAACCAAAAAGAGGAAUUCUGAAGGCAGGUUAUCAAAUUGUCACAGUCAGGAUGAACCCAGCUGUUGUUGAUUCAUUUUCACAUCAACUCCUCAUUCAGCUCAAUGAGAAUGAAAAAUAUAAUCAGGUUGUACAGUUAUGCGGAUCUGCUGAAUCUGCUCAAGUUCUGCUGGACAAUGAAGGCACCAUGUACUUUAGACCCACCUGCGUUGGCACCUGCACCAGCAAGUCCUAUGGUUUCAAGAAUCUGACCAGGAUUCCACUCAGAUUCCAGUGGGUUAUUACUCAAAAUGACAAGAAGAUUCUGAGUGUGGAGCCAAACCAAGGAAUUGUUCAACCAAAUGAGUGGAUGACCCAGAUUUGGUCAUUUAAGCCAAGUGAGGAAAAAAAAUAUGUCUUGAAACCAACUUUAGUUGCCUGGGGUCAGGGCUCAAGUGGUACAUCUUCGGGUGGGAAAAAAAAUCAGUUUUUUCUCCGUGCUGUUGGGGAAGGCUCCAUAGGUAACAUACAGACUGAUGGUGCCUACCUUGACUUUGGUGAUAUUGUUGUGGGGAGCUCAGCCACCCGUCAUUUCACAAUCUUCAACAACGGCAGCUGUAGCUUACAGUACAAGCUGCUGAUAGAUGGCACAGAGGAAGGGGAGGAGAUCAAAACUGAAAGAUCAAGUAUUGAAAUUGACAAGCGUGAAGGUUUCUUGCCUGCCAGAAGUAAACACUUUAUUACAGCCACAAUCAGACCCUGUCGUCGCGUCACUUACCAGUUCGCCAUCAGAUACCAAUUAGUGGUCCCUCAAAGUGAGUUGAUUCCAUCAUCUGUAUAUGAGCCCCAGCACUUGAUGUAUAUCCUGGCUUCUGGAGUCUACCCAAUGUUGACCAUCACAGACAUCCGGCCACAGGGCAGUGCCAUCAACCUCAGCAAAAAAUCUUUAUGGACACUUUUUUCACUUGACAACCUCAAUGCUGCUUUGGAUGCUGACCCAUCAAAUGAGGAAGUUCAUUAUAAUGCUACUGCACAUCAAAGAGCACACAAUGGGCAGAUGCCUCGAGGUGUUAUGGACUUUAAUUUCUCGGCUGCUCCUGUGGGUUCCGAUCCCUUCCAUGUGGUCAUGAUGUUCAACAAUACGGGAACUGUCCCAUGUGACUGGGCCUUCAUGUUUCCAAAAGAUAUAGAGUUAGAGCUAGGCUAUUGGGUGGAGGAUGGUGAAAGGAGCAAUGAUGAGCUACAUGAGAUGAAAGUUAUGGAAAAUAAAGUUUUUGAUGUUAGCCCAAAGAGAGGCACCCUUCAACCAGGGGAAACUAUCCAUGUUAACUUUCAAUAUAGACACUCAAUGGCUGGGACGGACAGACUUCCUGUAUUGCUAAAAAUAGCAAGAGGAAGGGAAUUAAUGUUGAAUUUUCUGGGAGUGACUGUAGACCCAAGUCACCCAUACAUUCACUUACCCUCCAACAGACACACGUUCAACCCAGUCUCUGUAGGAGAGACAACCAGCCCUGUUCAGAUGUAUGAACUCUACAAUGGAGGUGCCAUCCCUGUUUCAUAUGAAUGUGAUUUAACACCAUUGGAUAUAAUUAAAGCAGAGAAUUUUGAUCAACAAAUAUUUGAAUGCUUAAACCCAAGUGGAACAAUUCAACCAGGACGUUCAGCUUUUAUACACUGGAGAUUUUUUCCUUUGGAAGCCAAGAUGUACAUGGUUGAUAUCCCACUACACAUUGACAAUGGCGAUACAGCUGUUGUGACAUUUGUUGGCAUUGGUUACGACAAGAGGAUCAUGGGAGACACUAUGCCUUUCUCUGAUGAGCCACAACUCUGCGGGGUCCCGACAGUACAGAAGGCAGAGGUGCCAGGACAGCUUGGUUACUUGUCCAUUGAGAGAUUGUCCUUUGGGAACAUGCCUUUGUUUUCCCAAGCUCGCCGCAUGCUGUUUGUGACCAACAAAUCUAUGGACAGAUCUAUUUUCUUUGAAUGGCAUGUCACUUCACAGACGGAUGCUAAGCUUUUGAGUAUUUAUCCAGUGAGAGGAGAGAUUGCCCCUGGGGACUAUAAAAUGUGUCGAGUCAGCUUCAUGGCUUAUGGCGUUUCUGCUUUCUAUGAUCUUGACCUUGUAUGUGAGAUCUCUGACCUGCACGAAUACACAUGCUACAGAAAGCAACUGUCGGCCUGGGAGGCUGAGAGAGAACGUCAGAUGAACGAGUUCACUGUCACUGAAAGAGAUCUCGAUGCUGACAAGAGAACCCCGCAUGUCGUGGACAUUGUGGAUGGAACACCUUCUGGAAGAAUUUCCAAACUUGACGCGCUGGCUGAAGGACGGCCCAUAUCAGCAGAUGGGGAGCUCAGCAAAUAUAAGACACUUCCACCAAUCCGCCAGCUUACUGAGGACGAGAAGAGGGAUGCUGAACGCAGACGACAGAAAAAACUGGCAGCCUUAUGGCAGAAGCCAGUUCCAAUCAAGCCGUCCCUUCUGCACCUCGGUAUUACUGCCAGGACACACGACAUACAAGACUUUCAGACGAACUUCCCCAAUGAAUACUGCACUUUCUACAUAGACCGAACAUUAAGUGAAAGUCAAGAAUUUCUGGCAAAAAGACAAUUUUUACCACCCUCCCAUUUGGAAUGUUCCAAAGCUGAGGCCAAUACAGUCUCCAGUGUCCUGGGCAGUAUUCUCAGAAAUCUUCUGGACGACGCGUACUUCUUGCAAGCGGUGAAGAACAUUCAGGAAGAGCCAAUACCUUAUUUCACCCAGUAUACGGAGUUGAUCAAUUUGGCUCAGUCAGACAGCAAAUCUUCGGACUCACAGAUGAAUGACAGCUAUGACUACAUGGGACGUCAGUCAAUGCUGAAUGGCCCAGACAGUCUGAGGGCCACUCUUCUCUCGGCCGACAUGGACUACGAUUUGGAUAAGGAGGAAAACUUGCAGACAGAGAGUGAAAAGACCGGCUCACUGCACGAAGCCUUCAGUAUUGCCAUGAAUGUUUUGGCUCGCCCCAUGUCAGAGUCCGACCAUAUUUAUCUUCUGUCUUCUAUGGCUGAAAUGGCGCAACUCAAAGAAAAACAAGACAUUAAAAAACUAGCCGAGGCCGGUAACGUGGUGGAACAGGUUCUAGAGAACACCAUCUUGAACUUGAUGUACGAAGCCCUGUCCAGUGAAUAUAGCAUCGUCAGCAAGCCACGAUUUGUCGCCAUGUUGAGGAAAAAAGUUGCAUCAGCAAGCAAAGCCAAGUUUUAAAAACAAGGCCAACCCCAUAGGUUGAAUCAGAGAUCCUUCCAAAAUUAUUUGAAAUAAAACAUUUUUGUUGAACAGAUUUAUAACCAUAAAUCUAUUGUCUAAUUUUGGUACUAUGAUACAUAAAGCAAAUGUAUAUUUUCAUAUAUCUUUUAUUUAUAACAUGAUUAAUUGUUAUAAAGUAAUGUCUAAUGUUGUCUUGGUAUCUGCGCUGUUGAUUUUAGUAGUGAGGGUUAACUUCACAUAAACUUGGCUAUUUCGUUAGGUUGAGCUAAACAUUAAACUGGACUAUUUGGGUAGGUUUAAGUUAACAUUAAACUUUACUAUUUGGGUAGGUUUAAGUUAACAUUAAACUGGACUAUUUGGGUAGGUUUAAGUUAACAUUAAACUUGACUAUUUGGGUAGGUUUAAGUUAACAUUAAACUUGACUAUUUGGGUAGGUUUAAGUUAACAUUAAACUGGACUAUUUGGGUAGGUUUAAGUUAACAUUAAACUUGACUAUUUGGGUAGGUUUAAGUUAACAUUAAACUUGACUAUUUGGGUAGGUUUAAGUUAACAUUAAACUUGACUAUUUGGGUAGGUUUAAGUUAACAUUAAACUUGACUAUUUGGUUAGGUUUAAGUUAACAUUAAACUUGACUAUUUGGGUAGGUUUAAGUUAACAUUAAACUUGACUAUUUGGGUAGGUUUAAGUUAACAUUAAACUUGACUAUUUGGGUAGGUUUAAGUUAACAUUAAACUGGACUAUUUGGGUAGGUUUAAGUUAACAUUAAACUUGACUAUUUGGGUAGGUUUAAGUUAACAUUAAACUUGACUAUUUGGGUAGGUUUAAGUUAACAUUAAACUGGACUAUUUGGGUAGGUUUAAGUUAACAUUAAACUUGACUAUUUGGGUAGGUUUAAGUUAACAUUAAACUUGACUAUUUGGGUAGGUUUAAGUUAACAUUAAACUGGACUAUUUGGUUAGGGUUAGAUGAAUGCUUAAAAUCAUCUUAUCUGAGAAUAAAUACUUACACAAUA